AUGAAACAGUAUAUAUAUUUAGUUGGUUUAUUAUUAUUAUUACAUUCUGGUUAUUCUUCAUUUGAAUAUCAUAAAUUUGGUAUUGAAAUAUCAUUAGAUAUUAAAUUGGAAAGUUUAAUUGGUGUUUUAUUGAUUAUUAUUGGUAGUAUAAUUAAUAUUGAAAAUGAAUCAUUCUUAACAAUUGAUAAUAAAGUAAUCAAGAAUAAAGCUAAAUAUUUGAAAUUUAUAAAGAUGUCAGACGCGGUUCAAUUGGGAGAGUCGUUAGGUGUUACAGAUUAUGAAGAAUAUAAUACAAGAUUACCAUUUAUUAAUAUAUAG